CGCAAAUAAGUCUCAACCUUCAACUCCUCUCCCCUCUCCGUUUCAAAGUGUAACAUUAAUUUCUUCUACAAAAUGAAAUAACCAAAUCGAAUUUCGUAUAUAUAAUGUAACCAAAAACUAUAAAUCACACAUUCAAUAUCCAAAUCCCUCCGUCGAGUCUCAUACAUAGACAUUACAGUCUCAACGGUUCAUCUAUUAAAAAAACACUCCCCUUGGAGAAAAAAAAUAAAAAAUCGAAAACAAUGUACUCUUCAUCAUCUUUAUCAAAACGUCUCAUUUUGGUCCCUAUCUUGGCCGUGAUGGCCAUACAGCUUCUAUUUAUACGCAGCGUUUCAUCCUUGAACAUGACCAAUGCGUAUCUCAACCACACAUGCAUCGAAAGCCAAGGGCAAUACAAGCCGGGAAGUGCGUUCGAGAAUAACCUAAAAUCUAUCAUCAUUUCCAUCGCUACGACCAGUAACAAUGUCGCCGGUUACGACACGAUGUCCCUUAUUGGGAGUCCUGAGGAUACCGUCUCCGCCAUCUUUCAGUGUCGCGGCGACUCCUACGGGCCAAAGUGCCGUGACUGCUACGCCACCGCCCUCGCUGGGCUUCGUAGAAGAUGUCCGAGAUACAAGGGAGGAGUAAUAUGGUACGACCAAUGUCUUCUCGAAAUUUCUGCGGUCGAUUCUGUAGGGAAGAUCGUUUACGACAACAGUUUCUGUAUGUCCAAUGCGCAGAACGUGAGCGAUGGUGAAAUUAAGUUCGACGAAAUUAAGUCUCUCGUAGACAAUCUGACAAGUUUAGUCAUCACUGAAAAAAACAACAGCAACCCCACAGCGCUGUACGCGGCGGGGGAGAAGACGUUCGGGAAGGAGAAGCUGUAUGGAAUGGUGCAGUGUACGAAAGACUUAUCGCCAGAGGCUUGUCAAGAAUGUUUGGGAUCUAAGAUCUUGCGUUUUCAAAAUUGUUUAUUCGGUAAACGAGGAGCGAGAGUUGUGGGAAGGAGCUGUAACUUUAGGUUUGAGUUUUACCCUUUUGUUACUACCAAGGAAGGCCGUAAUUAUUUGAAGAGCUAA